AUGACAUCUUUUGGUGCAAACGAAGACGACUCAAUCAACAAAGGUCGUGCACCAUAUGUGUUUAAGGUUAGUGGUCAGAUUUACCAUUGGAUAGGCUCUUUUUAUCCUCAAGACAUUCAUCAACCCCGUUUUCUCCAAUUGUACAUGUGUGAUACUGAAAAUGAGAUCGCUAAUAGACUUCGUUCUUUUCAUGAUGGGGAAGUACUUUUGUCUGCAGAAGUUGUAGAAUCCUUAAGUCAUAUGUUACGCACACAUAAUGAGUAUGUUCGUACAUUUAAGACUGCGAAAGAAAUAGCUCAGUCAAUGAAUUUAGAUUCAUAUGGUGUACGUUUAUUUAAUGUUGUACCUGACAGAAGAUAUGGGCCACCAGCCCCUGGAACUUUAGGCUGUAUUGUUUGUGGUGAUGAUGUUACUAGCGCUGUCUAUGACAUUGUCGUCUAUUCAAAGUCUGGGUCACCUCGGCGUGUCAGUAAGCUUCAUCCUACUUACAUGCCUUUUUAUCAAAUUCAUGAUCGACACACGUACUCUCUUAUUUUACGUGCACACCGUCUUUUCCACCAGUAUUUAGUAGAUGCAUAUACUUGCAUUGAACAAUCUAGGCUUGACUUUAUUGAACACCAUCAGCAACAAUUACGAAUAGAGUACAUCAGCGGUGUUUAUGACGCUUUGUCCAGAGGUGCUUCAGACAGUCAGGUCAUUGGAAAGCGUGUAUUUCUACCUGCAACUUUCGUUGGGGGACCUAGGUAUAUGUAUAAACACUAUCAAGACGCUCUUGCCAUAUGCAAGGUUCAUGGUAAGCCACAAUAUUUCAUCACAUUCACUUGCAAUGUUAAAUGGCCUGAGUAUAGAAGAUACAUGGAUGCUAUUGGUCAACGUGAUAUUCAAAACAGACCAGAUAUCAUUGCACGCAUCUUUAAAAUUAAAGUUCAUGUUUUCAUUAACUUCCUUAAAGAGGACAAAACUUUUGGAGAUAUUAGUGCAUAUCUUUACACAAUUGAAUUCCAAAAAAGGGGUUUACCACAUUGCCAUACAUUAUUAUGGGUAACGUCACCCUAUACAAUUCAAGAAGGUGCAGAUAUUGAUAAAUACAUAACCGCUGAACUUCCUGAUCCCAUACUUGAACCAACACUAUAUAGGACUGUUACUACAUGCAUGCUACAUGGUCCUUGUGGUUCAUUAAAUAUUAGUGCCCCCUGUAUGGUAGAUGAUAGAUGUAAGAAACGAUUUCCAAAACCGUUCAACCCAUUAACAACUUUUGAUGCAAAUGGUUACGUGCAUUAUAAGAGACGUGUUGGAUCGUAUCAUGUCCUACAAAGUGGGAUUAGAACUGAUAACGGCUAUGUAGUGCCAUACAAUAAACGUUUGUGUAGUCGAUUUGAUGCUCACAUCAAUGUUGAAUAUUGUGGUUGGAAUAUGAUGAUUAAGUACUUAUUUAAGUACAUAUCAAAGGGGUUUGAUCGCGUUCGUUUCACUCUUCAAACAUCAGAGGCAAAUACUCCUACUACUUCCUCUACCAUACCUGUCGCAGUAAAUGAAAUCAAGUCGUUUCUUGAUGGUCGGUAUAUAUGUCCACACGAAGCAGCAUGGCGCAUCCUCAAUUUCCCCAUUCAUGAACGAGAUCCACCUGUACAAGUCUUGGCCGUCCAUUUGGAUGGGAUGCAACCUACUAUUUUCAAAGAAAGCAGUCAAUUAAGCUCCUUAAUUGAUAACCCAGAUUUUGGUGUUACCACUUUAACGGAAUGGUUGCACAAUAAUCAACGUGAUGGUCGAGGAAUUGACUUGACAUACAAUGAUUACCCUUCUAAAUAUAGUUGGGACACCAAAGAUAAGAGAUGGAUUCAUAGGACUACCACAACAAAUACCACCAUUGGCAGACUUGCAUAUGUACAUCCAACAGCUGGGGAGUUAUUCUAUCUACGGAUUUUACUAUUCCAUAAAAAAGGAUGUAAAUCAUUCUAUGACAUUAGAACUGUUCGUGAAUACAUGUACUCAACUUUUCGUGAUGCGUGUGAAGCAUUAGGGUUAACCGGUGACGAUAAGGAGUGGCUAACAGCAUUUGAAGAAGCAUCGACUUGGGCAACCUCAUCUCAACUUCGUUCUCUAUUCUGCCAUCUACUUUUGUAUUGUGAAGUAGGAAACCCUCUUUUGUUAUGGGAAACCGCAAAACCUAAAAUGGGCAAUGACAUUACCCAUACAUUCACUUCCAAUUCUACAGAUCCAAAUGUAGUUCUACAUGUUAAUACAAUAGAACAACAAAUACUUCUCGAAAUUCAAAAGACACUACUAGCUUCAACACCUUCCAAAUCACUUGCUGACUUUGGAUUGCCAAUGCCAUCUCCAUCUCUUCUUUCCAUUCUCAGAAAUCGUCUUAUCCUUGAAGAGACUAAUUAUGAUACAAAUCUCUUAAUUUCUCAAAAUACAUCCAUGGUAUCACAAUUGAAUCCGGAUCAACUUACAAUUUAUGAAAAAGUUGUGGAUGCUGAACAAAACAAAAGCCAACUGCUAUUAUUUGUAUAUGGAUCUGGUGGUACAGGAAAAACUUUUUUAUGGACAACUAUACUUUCAUAUUUCAGAUCUAAGGGAAAGAUUAUACUUGCUGUUGCCGCCUCAGGCAUUGCAUCCCUUUUGUUUCCUUCAGGUUGUACUGCUCAUUCUAGAUUUGUUAUUCCAAUUGACUUUACAGACAAGUCUUCCUGUAAUAUUAAAAAAAACACAGCUUGCAGAGCUCCUAAAGAGGACUUCUAUGAUCAUAUGGGAUGA